AUGAUGCAGUCCUCCUUCAUUACCUACACCCGCACAAAGCACCAGCUCGCCCCCAUGGCUCCGACCCAAAACCCCUUUCUUCUUGCCGCUGACAACAGCCCUGCGCUGUUGCCCCUGCUCCGAGCGAAUCGCAGUCUGGCUUCGGCGCAAGACGAUCACGGCUACUCACUCGUCCACGCUGCCGCCAGCUACAACCACCUCGACCUGCUUUAUGCUCUUGUGCGAGAGCUCAAAGUCGAUGUCAACCUCAAGGACGAGGACGAUGAAACGGCUCUGUUUGUUGUGGAAACGGUCGAUGCAGCCCGCGUCCUCGUGGAAGAGCUUUCGGCAGACCUCUACCAUCGCGGUUCCGAAGGCCUGACAGCAAGAGAAAAGAUCGAGUCCGAGGGGGACUUCCCUGACGUCGCCCGCUAUCUAGGCUCCCUCGAGAGCAGGGACGCCGACAGCGACAUAGCUUCCGUGGCCGCCAACGCCAUUCCUGACGUCAUACGACAACCCCCCGAGGGCCUAGAGGUGACCGUUGGAACCAUGGACCGGGCGGAGGAUAUCCCCAGCGAGGUCGACCCAGAAUUUCGCAGACGCAUCGAGGAGCUCGCCCAGCGCCCGGAUUUCGAUGCCCCAAGUGGCCAGGCCGACUUACGCAAGCUAGUCGAGGAUGCGAUCUUGGAUCAAAAAAUUGGCGAGGAACGAAACGUGCGCCCCAAGCAUGGCUGA